AUGAUACGGGCGGUGAUAGGGCUGUGCUUAGCGUUGGUGGUGCUUGAGGGGUUUUUGUUCUAUGCCAUGAUGCCCACGAACACUUUUAGGCAGAAAUGGCUGCCUCGACUUCGAGCCGACGCUGGUUCAAGUACUUAUCUUGGAGCACAAGGUUUAGUUCUUCUGUUAUACGUAUUUCCCGUUUUGCUCGCAGCUGUGCUGGGUUGUGUGUAUCUUCAUCUGGGAAAGAAGAUGAAUACUACUUAUAAAAGGGAAAGCCGUGAUGGAAGAACGAACCUUUUAGCUGUGUGGAAACAGCCCAUGCUUGUGAAAGGUCCUCUAGGCAUUGUUUCUGGGAUAGAGCUCACCUUCUUCACCAUGUUCAUUGCACUUUUAGUUUGGUUUCUAACCACGGCCUUGACAAACGGUUUUAAGACAAUCACACCACAACUCGCGGCAAAGAGCCAUGAAAAAGUAUGGGAACUUAAACUGGAGGCGGCAUCAUUGAGGCUAGGAGUUGUGGGUAACGUAUGCCUAUGACUUCUGUUCUAUCCGGUAGCUCGUGGCUCGUCGAUUUUGCCUAUGUUUGGCCUCACAUAUGAGGCUAGCGUCAAGUAUCAUAUAUGUAUCGGACACAUAAUGAUGGCACUCUUCACAGCACAUGGAGGUUGUUAUAUCAUAUAUUGGGCUGUCACAGGUCACAUUUCUCAGAUGAUAAAGUGGGAUAAAACUGCAAUAUCAAACGUAGCUGGAGAGCUAGCUUUGCUUUCUGGACUUGUCUUGUGGGUAACUACAAUCCCUCGCAUUAGGCGCAAAAUGUUUGAGCUCUUCUUCUACACACACUACCUUUACAUCCCCUAAUUCGUGGUCUUCUACAUCUUUCAUGUUGGCGUCGGAUAUGCUGGCAUUAUGCUUCCUGGCUUGUACCUCUUCGUGCUUGAUCGUUACCUUCGAUUCUUGCAAUCCCGGAGACAAGCACGUUUAAUCUCUGCCCGCGUCUUGCCGGGUGAUGCUUUAGAACUUAACUUCGCUAAGAGCCCUGGGUUGACAUACAACCCAACAAGCGUCAUGUUCAUAAAUGUGCCUAGCAUUUCCAAGCUGCAAUGGCAUCCCUACACUGUUACUUCAAACAGUAACUUGGAGACAGAGAAGAUCAGCGUCGUCAUCAAAGGUGAAGGAAAUUGGACCAAGAAGCUUUACCAAAUACUUUCGUCGCCUUCUACGAGUGCUCGAAAUGAGGCUGCUGUUGAAGGGCCUUAUGGACCUGAUGCAACUCAUUUUCUAAGGCAUGACAAUCUUGUGUUGGUGAGUGGAGGCAGUGGCAUUACCCCUUUCAUAUCCAUAAUCCGGGAGCUAAUUUUUAUGUCGACAGCCUACCAAUGCAAGCUUCUCAAAGUGACCUUAACCUGUGCAUUCAGACACUCGUCAGACCUCACAAUGCUGGACCUGAUUUUACCAAUGUCUAGCACCACACCAUAUGACCUUUCCAAUCUCCAGAUACAAAUUGAGGCUUACGUGACAAGAGACACACAGCCGAAGGAUAAAACAAUGAAUGUGAGAGCCAUAUGGUUCAAACCCCUUGCAACUGAUGAACCUGUUUCGGCCAUUUUUGGCGCAAACCACUGGCUCUGGCUUGGCCUGGUCAUAUCAUCUUCCUUCAUGAUGUUCCUCAUCUUGAUCGGGAUAGUCACCCGAUACUACAUUUAUCCAAUCGAUCACAAUACUAACAGGAUAUUUUCGGCUCCUUUGAGGGCUCUGUUUAAUAUGUUGGACAUAUGUAUCUCCAUAGCUGUCACGGCUAGUGCAGCAAUGUUGUGGAACAAGGGAAGUAAUGCAAAGGAGUUGAAGCAGGUUCAGCACAUCGAUGCCUCAUCACCAAGCAGGUGUACUGAGGUUUAUAAUGCAGAAAGAGAGUUGGAAAGCCUUCCUCAACAGUCUCUAGUCCAAGCAACCAAUGUGCACUAUGGUCAAAGACCUGAUCUCAAGAGGAUUAUAUUCGAGUGCAAAGGAUCAAGUAUUGGGGUCAUCGCUAGUGGACCGAAGAAAUUGAGGCAUGAGGUUGCAACAAUUUGUUCAUCUGGUUUGGCAGAAAAUAUGCAUUUUGAGUCCAUCAGCUUUAGGUGGUGAUUGACUCAUCUAUAAAGGGUGAAAUUGUGAAGUUUGUCUUUUGCACAUGUUGUACUCGUCUCUUCUGGUUUGUGGGUGUACUUCCACGACUGCAAUCUCAAUUGUUUAAUUGGAUGUAAAACAAUAAGUUGUAACUGUGUAAGUGAAAUCAGGCUUCUUUUGA